UUUAAGAAGUUAUGCAUCUGCACAAUGUUCCACUGCGUGCAACAUGCAAUGCGAUCAAAUUCAGUUCUUCUUGGAAAUACUCUGUAUCACAGUUAAAUUUAGUACAGAAGCACCAUCUAUCGCAGAAUCAUUCCAAUGUCAAAUCAUCGGCUGAUCUAGUUCCAGAGCAACUCUCUUUUUUCGACAAAUACCUAGGGCCCAAAUCAGUGGUCGCAAAUGAGAACUUUAAAGCAAGGUGGUUCAUGGCUGUGCCGCCUUUCCUGGCACAUCUGUGCAUAGGAGCACCUUACGGCUGGUCGGCAGUUGCUGGACAUCUGUCGAAGGAAUAUGGUUUUGUAUGCAGUGCCGCAAAUGACUGGACACUUGCCCAGGUAUCCCUACCGAUGUCUGUGGUGUUUUUCCUGCACGGACUAUCGGCCGCUCUCCUAGGUAAAUGGCAGAUGAAAGUAGGACCCAGGGUUGCUAUGGGUUUAUCUGGCAUGUGCUUCGGAGGAGGUUUUGCCUUGACUGGUUUGGGAUCAUAUCUUCACUCCUUGCCUCUGAUCUAUCUUGGUUUUGGUGUGCUAAGUGGAACUGGACUUGGCUUAGCAUACACGCCACCGAUUCAGGCGUUGAUGGGUUGGUUCCCGGACAGGAAAGGAGUUGCUUCUGGUCUGACAAUCAUGGGUUUCGGAUCAGGUUCGCUCCUUUUUGUUCCUAGCGUUAACUAUCUGAUUAAUAAAUUUGCUAGAAUGCCAACAUAUCUCGGGCAGACAUUGGACUAUACUUUAAAAGAUGGUAAAAUGUUCACCUCGUUGACGGACGGGUCUCUAGCUGAAGUUGUCUACGCAAACGCUGCUGAUUUAGCAAAGCUAUCGCAUAAAGGUCUAUCGGAGGGAUAUUACUUAGUUGGCUCAGGAUCUACCGGAACCACGGCUACGAUGAUGGUGAUCGGAGGUGUCUAUAGCACGGCUAUGCUGACUGCAGCCGCAAUGAUCAGAACACCUCAUCCGAAAUACACUGAGUCAAUGUCUCAGAACGCCUUAGCUGCUACGACGAAUACUGCUAGUGCACAAAUAGAGAGAAAUGUACAUGUCGAUGUUGUGAUGCGCACACCUCAGUUCUAUAGCCUGGCUGCGACGCUUCUUUGCGUGGCCUCUGGAGGAAUGGGGCUGCUCAGUGUUUGUAAACCACUAAUGGCCGACACUUUUGGGGGGCUUUUGCCGGAUAUAGUCACAGCUAGCUUCGCAUCCAGUUAUAUUCUAAUGUUAUCAGUCGGAAAUCUCGGCGGCAGGAUAGGUUGGGGUGUUCUUUCCGACUAUCUCGGAAGGCGCAAAGUGUUCCAUAUGUUUACGUUCGGAUCUCUGGGACUCUAUCUGAGCUUCCCUCUAAUUGUGUCUCAAAUCGCGGAAACCAAAUCGGUAUUACCACUUGCUGUAUUCUGUGGCACGACGUCGAUUGCGGUUUCAUUUAUGGGUGGCGUGUAUGCGAUUUUGCCAGCUUAUGAAGCUGAUCUGUUCGGAGCUAAGUAUGUGGGUGCUAACCAUGGUCGAAUGCUACUAGCUAGCAGUGCUGCAGCUAUUACGGGUCCGUCAAUGAUUCUGUACUUACGAGGACUGGGAGAGAAAGCGGCCAUUAUGAAGCUAUUGGACAACGUGAAUCCCGAAGCAUUCAAACAGAAAUUCGGUGUGGAUAUAUCUCAAGCUGAUGAACUGAUUCAAGCGAAGACAAUGACAAUAAACAAACUGAUGGAAAUCGUACCUUCGCACAUCCAGGAUCCGACGCCUUUUAUGUAUAACACUUCUUUCUAUGCCAUAUCUGGUCUGAUGACUGUUGCGGCCUUGUCACACUACAUGGUUAAACCUGUAGAUCCCAAAUAUUAUGAAAUUGAAGAUGAGAAAAUUGUAGCAGAGGAAAAAGAACCUCUUGAAAAAGAUACGAAAUAAUAUGAAACUGAUCCUGGUAAAAAUUGAUAGAAAACACUAACAGUUGACUGGAUCUGAAUAAUAAAUUGAUUUUAAUAUCUUUAAACACUUACAAUUAUUCUCAUUUCUAGUUGGUGGCUUUACAGAAAAGUACAAAUUUUUCCUAAAGCCUUGAUUAUAUUUUUGCAAUUAGAAAUUGUUUAUACUUCCGAGUAAUCAAGAAAACUUAGCUUUUGAGACAACAUGUU